AUGGCGUCGGUGAGAUCCUGCGUGUCCGUCAAGCCGGCCGCUGGCCCUGCCAGGUACAGAUCCGCCAGGGUCGGGGCGGCCAGCUUGGAGCCGACAAGCCUGCGAAUAUCCGCUUCUUCUUCUUCUUCAUUGGGCUCAGGCGCGGAUGGCUGCGGCAGAGGUGUCGGCUGCGCCGCCAGUAUCAGCGGCAGGGGCGUUGCCGUUGCUCGUUUGGUUGGCGAUGGCUGGAGGGCGAGGCGGAGGGGCGCGCGGGAGGUCGUCGCCGAGUGCAGCGCCAGCCUGGAGGGGGUCCGCCACGGCGCGGCGGCCGCCGCCGUGCCCAGCGUGUCGGCGCUGCCCGAGCGGGCCAAGGUGGUGGCGCUCGUGGCGGCCGUCAUGCUGCUGUGCAACGCCGACCGGGUCGUCAUGUCCGUCGCCGUCGUGCCGCUCGCCGCGCAGCACGGCUGGUCCAGCUCCUUCGUCGGCAUCGUCCAGUCAUCAUUUCUAUGGGGCUAUGUUUUCUCAUCCAUGGUUGGAGGAGCUUUGGCGGACCGAUACGGGGGGAAGAAGGUGAUGGCAGGUGCUGCUGCACUCUGGUCCUUGGCCACUUUCCUCACUCCAUGGGCCGCCUCUCAAUCCGCUACUAUGUUGCUUGCCGUACGUGUGCUUUUUGGCAUUGCAGAAGGUGUUGCAUUUCCGACAAUGAGCACUUUCUUACCAAAGUGGUUCCCAACACAUGAACGUGCCACUGCUGUUGGCCUUUCCAUGGGAGGAUUCCAUCUUGGAAACGUCGUAAGCUUCCUAGCAACACCGAUCAUCAUGUCACAUAUAGGCCUCGCCGGAACAUUUGCCUUCUUCGCAUCACUUGGUUACUUGUGGCUCUCUGUAUGGCUGUUGAAUGUAGAAAGUGACCCUAUUGACAGCCGUACUAUAAGCAAAUCUGAGCUGCAACUAAUUCUAGCUGGACGAAGUAAAUCAAAAGUCAAAGGCAGCAAAUCACCAUCCUUAAGAGAAGUGUUCUCAAAGAUGGAAAUGUGGGCCAUAAUUGUAGCUAAUGUGAUAAACAACUGGGGCUACUUUGUCCUACUAUCAUGGAUGCCGGUGUACUUCAAAACGGUAUAUAAUGUCAAUUUGAAACAAGCUGCAUGGUUCAGCGCCAUACCUUGGGGCGUCAUGGCUCUAUCAGGAUAUGUUGCGGGAGCUUCUGCAGAUUUCAUGAUCAAAUCCGGCUUAUCUAUUGUGCGAGUCCGGAAAAUUAUGCAGUCAAUUGGUUUUAUCGGGCCAGGUGUGUCAUUGCUAUGUUUAAGAUUUGCCCAAACACCAUCGGUUGCAGCAGUUAUCAUGACCGCUGCCUUGGGUUUGAGUUCCUGCAGUCAAGCUGGGUACUUCUGUAAUGUACAGGACAUUGCCCCAAAAUACGCUGGAUCCCUACACGGAAUGACGAAGGACAUUGGGACAGUGGCCGCCAUAGUUAGCACAGUAGGAGCAGGAUACUUCGUCCAGUGGCUGGGAUCCUUCCAGGCCUUCCUCACCCUAACGGCGGUGCUCUAUUUCAGCGCCACCGUCUUCUACAACAUCUAUGCGACAGGAGACCUGGUUUUUGACUGA